CGAGACUUUUGCGAAAUGAGAUAUUGACUAUCUCAAGUACGAGAAGUAUAACGUCCGAAAGGAGUAUUUCCACCCCUGGAAGUACGUGCCCGAAGUGCGGUUCAGUAAACACGAGAACGAAAGCAAGGGCAACCCCGAUAAGUCAAUAACGGGUAAGCCCGCCCCCGCCGACUACGACUGGGCCACGUCCAACACAGCUGAGCGCUCCUACACAAUGCGUGACGUACUCCUCCAUCGGGACCGCACGACAGAAUACUCACUCAGCACCUGGGGCCAAGUCCACCUGGAGGAAUGGAGCAAUGCAACAGGACAUAGCUGGCGCAAAUGGGUGGACAUCUACCCGCAGUGGACGGGGCAGUAUGAGUGGUCAUGGGGAGUGAUGCCCAUCCUCAACGACGCGUCCUGUUUCUGGGAUUCAACCAACUUCUGGAGCCACAGAGACUGGGGCUUGCUCGAGAUUAGCAACGGUGAGCCAAUGCUCGAGGAUAGUUAUAGCCAUUUGGCCUUUUGGGCCGCUAUCAAGAGCCCUCUUGUCAUUGGGACGAAGCUGGAAGGUAUCAAGCGGGAGAUCCUAGAGAUCCUGAUGAAUCGCAAGUUGAUCACUUUCAAUUAGUACCCAUCCACGGCGCAUCGGCAGCGCCAUACAGUAGCGUUAACCCGGAUUCCAUAUUGAAUCAGAUACAUCCGGCUGAGUUACGGUCCGAGAAGUCAGUCGCGGGGAUGCAUGUAUUUGGCUUGAACACGCUGAACUAGACGAUGACCAAGGAGAUUGUGUUCUCCGUGAUGCCAGAGCUAGAGACGAGCUAGAGACGAGCUAGAAGUAUAAAUUUCAUGAUAGGUGGACGGGAAGGUCUUGCAGUCCUUUGCGCAUGCUGUGAAUGUCAAGGUUCGGGGCUGAGGAUUACACCCAAGAUUCGUAAGUGGGGUUGGUGGAUAUUCUGAUGAAAGGAGCAGUCUAGAAGAGAGCCGCUGACUGGUCCAAAUCCAACACUGAUGAAACCAGAUUUACUCACAAAAUGGAGUGUUUCUGAAAUUUG